UGACAGUUGGUUUUUGUUUGCGAAAGUCUUUGGUUUUUCCCUGUUUUUCCGAUCGAUAACGUGAGUAAAAAGUUAAAUUCGGAUCUGGAUGUGCUCAAACGGCUUAAAUAUUUAGUUGACCUAGAGUGAAAAACGUACAUAAAGACCAAUAUCCGUUGUGUCAUUUGUCAGCUGUAAUAGAUUUACAGAACCGAAAGAAAUCGGCAAAAAAAAUGUCGGGGUGCAUCUUGGUCGCCACAGGUUCAGAAGUUUCCGAUGGAGAGUCUGUAAAAUUCAUUACCAACUCGUUAACGCGAUUGAUUCACCGAAAAGCUGACAAACUGCUUUGUAAAAAUGAGACCAAAAUGACCCUCGUAAACCUAACGGCUAAGCGGUUCCAGGAUAUGAAGGAGGAACUGCAACCAUGCAGUGAUUCGAUGGAUAAAGACGUUGCGGAGGAUGCUCCAAGAAUUCUUACGAUCAAAGACUCAUCCGCACUGUCCACAAGAGAGACAUCACCGAAACACCGGAUUACAGGUGGUAUGUUGCAGCAAGUCGGUCAGCAUUCGCACGACCAAUAUUAGCCUGGCGACCAUCUAAGGGCCAUCAACACUCCGCCACAUCUUUUUCCAUCAAGAUUUAUUACCCGCCCCGUCGAGCCGGGCCAACUUGAUGCCCUUUCUUUUAGAGGUGUUUCGGAACGAUAUUCUUUCUUGGAGGGAACUGGAGCUGCUAGAGAUCGGUGACGUAUCGUUUGGGUAAGGUAAACUGCGUACGGAAUUUGCAGCUUGACGGUCUCCAUUGAUCUCUGCCUCCGCCAACCAGAACGACGAUCCACAUGGGAAUUUUCUCAUAAAGUUGUUAAUCAGCGGAAAUAAUGUGAGCACCAAGUUGCUUAAUCAGGAUGGCCCAUGCCGAGCGGAGUAAAAUGAAGUUGACAUAAGUAUGAAAAUUUCCUAGAGGAAGGAUUUACAAGGCUAAGGAUUAACAAAUUGGGGAGAACGAUGAGCACCACCUAAUGUUUUUAUUAUUAUGCCUUUUUCUCACUGUUAAACUAUAGUCCAAAAAAAGACAUCAGACUAAAAAAUAUAAAAAUAAAACGAAUCUGAAAUGCAGAUAAAGAUUCUCCUAUAAGAAAUCAUUUUCUAAUAUAAAGUUUUCAAAAACAAACAUUUUUUAAUGAAUAUCUUGACAAAGUACAUACAUUUAUAUGUCUUCAAAAAAUAUUUUAGGGGCAUUCAAAAUAUUUACAAUUAAAUGUUUGACCUACUUAGAGCAUCAUUAUCGGUCGCGAGCAUUUUAAUCACCCGCGCAGCGCUUUCAUUUUAGUUUCGUCACUCGUUUCCGUAUUGGUUAUUUUCGGCUCUCAAUUUGGUUGCUGUAUUCCGUACCGUGCUGUGCCCUUAUUCCAAUCAGCGCCUAAUUCCGUUCACGCAAGACAAAAUGAUAAAUAAUAAAGAGUUUAUGCCUAAAAACAACAGAAAAAUAUCCUUGUACUUUUCUAUGGUUAUGUAUGCAUGAAAUGAAAUGAAAACCAGCGUCAUUUUUAGCUAUUAAUAGUGAAAAUUUAAACAAAAUUUGUUGGUCGUCACUACGAGCGCCAUUUUGACUGUUUUCAUUAGCCCACUUGCUAAGAACGUCUUUCAUAAUAUUUAAGCAUUUUUAAGUGGAAAUUUGCCCUGGAUUUCAAACACAGCAGCAUAACAAGACAAAACAGGUAACAUUAUAGCGUAUUACCAAAUUGUUGCCUGUAUUUUCCCGAUAGAAAAUGCUGAGAAGUGAAAAAUAUCUUGACAGAAAUAAGGGUACAUCUAAAUCUACUUGUUCGUUAUUCCGUUCAUUGGGUUUAGAGGAUGGAUACCAAAAAUUCCGUGUUUGAGAAUAUAAUCUAUGAGCAAGAAAAGGUACAUCGUACAUGAAGCCAUAUGAAUGGUGAACAUUUGAAAUUCUAUCCCGCAAGCAGGCAGACCGAAAGGAAUUCCGUUAACGACUCUACUCGAGACCUUUUUCAACUCGUGCCGGGAAAAUACAGUUUUUUUCAGUUAAUGAUUUAAUGAUGAUUUAUAAAGUGAAUGCUGGACAAUGUUAAGAAAGGGUUUCCGGAGAAUACGGACAGUUUUAAACAGCACAAUCCAUAAUUGCGGCGUUCUUGUUUAAAAGCUUUAUCCGGAAAUUUCUUGGCGAAUUUCUAUAAAAAAACACUGCUCUCUCUGAGCGGUUAUGUUUUACCGAAAUCCGUGAAUACUUCGUAGAAGUAGGGUUAUCCGGUACUUUAAAGAACCGGAAGUUUAAAGAAUAUUCAAAUUGAACGAAACAGUGGUACGAACAAUUCCAAACAAACAAAGACAUUGUUUUGGAAGGUUCAGGUCAGAAUUAAAGGCCUAGUAUCCAGGCUCUAGUCAAAACUACGUUGAGGAUAAGGUGUAAAACUCCGAUAAGGUAUUGUAUCUGUCCUUUUCUGUGGUACCUAAUGCAACUGGGCAGCUAACA